CGUAACACCACAAAGCGGCCGUAGCGCACGCACGUUUUCCGGCUAAUUUGCAUACAUAACACCGCCCAGGGGACGAGCAUGAUAAUCCACUGUCGAGUGAAUCUGAGCUGAGCUGAACUGAGCGGAGCGGUGAAGGAAACAGCCGAAUAUUAAUAUAAAAAAAAAAGUUUGGACGUGUGAGAGGUGGUUUAAAUCAAGGGAGGAGAGUCGACAGAGACGGACAGGCGCUCGCUGGGCUCUUCGCCCCACUUCUGUCUUAAAAUAUGGACGCUUUAAAAUCCGCUGGAAGGGCGAUUAUACGGAGCCCGAGCAUUGCUAAACAGACGUGGGGAUCAGGCAGACAUAAAAAGCUUCCAGAGAACUGGACGGACACAAGGGAGACUCUGCUGGAGGGCAUGGUGUUUCACCUCAAAUACCUGGGGGUGACGAUGGUCGAGCAGCCCAAAGGCGAGGAGCUGUCUGCAGCGGCCGUCAAGAGGAUAGUUGCCACGGCCAAAGCCAGCGGGAAGAAACUCCAGAAAGUGACGUUGACGGUCUCACCUCGCGGAAUCAUCCUUUACGACAGUGCCUCAAACCAGCUGAUAGAAAAUAUCUCCAUAUACAGAAUAUCAUACUGCACUGCGGACAAGAUGCACGACAAAGUGUUUGCCUACAUCGUCCAGAGCCAGCACAAUGAGACUCUGGAGUGUCACGCCUUCCUCUGCUCAAAGAGAAAAAUGGCCCAGGCCGUGACCCUGACGGUGGCUCAGGCUUUCAGAGUGGCGUUUGAGUUCUGGCAAGCUGCCAAGGAAGAAAAAGAGAAGAGAGUAAAGUCGGGUUCAGACGGCGAAGGAGCCAGCAACUCUCAGUCGGACAGCUCGGCCAGUCUGGGCAGCCUGAAGGGAGGAGAUGUAGCCACAGGGACUCUCCUGGAGUUCGCAGAGGGAGACAAAGCAGCGCAGGCCCACUCCGGAACAAAGCAGACCGAAUCGGAUCCCCUCACGGUGCAUAAUCAUGCUGCAGAAAACAACAAUACCGUUUGGGAGCUGGAGGACGGUCUGGACGAGGCGUUUUCAAGCCGCAGUCUGGAUAGCUUUGAAUCCUACUCAGACUCGCUGAGUCUCGCACUAACCCCCAGGUCCUGGACAUUGGGGUAAACCCUCAGGACUUGAACAACGAAGAGUGCCUCUCCCAGGGCAAAUGGGACCAAGAUGAGACAGACUCAGCUGGACAAAAAGACACGUUUGAGUUCUAACGUGAAGCCUCUGCCAAGAAGAAGGAGGAGGAGGAGGAGAAGGGAAAAGAGGAAGUAAAAUGGUGGUACAGCAAAUGCAGAUCUGGAAGGUUUCCCACCUUCUUCCUGCUGCCAUGUCCUCUAACCGUCUCAAUCCUGUGGAUCUCUGAUGCUUCUGAAUUCACACGAGCAGAGAAGGACAACAUGAGCUGACUGCUCACACAACAGGCCAAAGCAAUACAAACCAGUUCACCCCUUUAUUGUUUUUAAUGAAAAUAACAUGCAGACACUUCAUGCUUGGUUACAGUCAGUGUGUUUGUGUCUAUCCAUUCACUAUCAUUUAUAUGUAUGUGUACACUGUGCUACAGAGAGCGUGUGAGAGCUGUUGCGAGGUCAACAAGUGGGGUUUUGUUUUUUCACAGAUCAGAUGCUAACUCACCGGUUCCAUACUGGGUUCAGCAGUAAAGUUACUACCUAUUUGUCUGUCACAACUCCAGCGUUUUGAUGGACAAGAAAAGCUUUAAAAAAUGUGUGUGUGUGUCAGAACAAAGUGACAAUCCUAUUUGUAUCUAUUGCAAAAACUAUUUUUGCACUCCCCAUUCAUCUUUAAAAGCACAGAAUUCAUAUAAAAGAAUUUCAUGUCAAAUAUCAAAAUCAUUUAUGCUUUCACACUUAUCGGAGCUUGUAAAAAACGACUCUGACUUGUCAAACUAAAGGUGUGUUGAUGUUUGACUGAUAUGCUGAUGAAAUUGUUGUGUCACACGAUUUAUGAACGGCAACUGUAAAUGCAUACAACUCGUAAUUUUCACUCAGGCUUAAGGCUUUAAUAAGACAAAGGAGCUAGCUAUCGGUUUCUUGUACUGAUGGGGUCUCAUUUGUUCAGUUGAACCCUUAGAUUCAGACUUGUUAAACAGAUCAUUACUUAACAGGAAAAAGAGCUUUUAUUGGCUCUCACACACCAUCUGUCAAAUUAUGUUACAGUGACGUUCAAAGUUUACUAUUUUUGACUUUUUCCCCACAUGGACAGUUCCCAGUGUUAUUUUUGGUGUUUGUUCUACAUUAAUUUAAAUGCCAUAAAUUUUAAUAAAAAUAUAAUUAUCUUUC